AUGAAAGUGACACAUAUUCUGUCGGUUCUUGUUUGGUUUUUCUGUGUUUAUGUCCCUACUUCGUUUUGCGCAAAUGUCACUUAUGACCAGAGAGCAUUGGUCAUUGAUGGCAAGCGCAGAGUCUUGGUCUCUGGUUCUAUUCAUUACCCUCGUAGCACUCCGGAGAUGUGGCCAGACAUCAUUAAAAAAUCAAAAGAUGGAGGAAUUGAUGUGAUUGACACUUAUGUUUUCUGGAACUUACAUGAACCAGUUCGAGGCCAGUAUAAUUUUGAAGGUAGGGCAGAUUUAGUUAAAUUUGUGAAGGCAGUAGCAGCAGCAGGUCUAUAUGUGCAUCUCCGGAUUGGUCCAUACGCAUGUGCUGAAUGGAACUACGGUGGUUUCCCUCUUUGGCUACAUUUUAUUCCGGGAAUUGAGUUCCGAACUGAUAACAAACCAUUUGAGGAAGAAAUGAAGCGGUUCACCGCUAAGAUUGUGGAUAUGAUGAAGCAAGAGAAGCUCUAUACGUCACAGGGAGGACCGAUUAUUUUGUCUCAGAUUGAAAAUGAGUAUGGGGACAUUGAUGCAGCCUAUGGUCCAGCUGCUGAAUCCUACAUCAAAUGGGCAGCAUCAAUGGCAACAUCUCUUGAUACAGGGGUUCCUUGGGUAAUGUGCCAACAGGCAGAUGCUCCUGACCCAAUUAUUAACACAUGCAAUGGAUUCUACUGCCACAAUUUCUAUCCAAACUCUAACUCAAAACCGAAAAUGUGGACUGAGAACUGGAGUGGAUGGUAUUUUUCAUAUGGUGGUGCUGUGCCCUACAGACCAGUGGAAGAUCUUGCUUUUGCUGUGGCAUAUUUUUACCAGAGAGGUGGAACUUUUCAGAGUUACUAUAUGUACCAUGGAGGGACUAAUUUUGGUCGGGUUUCUGGUGGGCCUUUUAUUGCUACUAGUUAUGAUUAUGAUGCACCAAUUGAUGAGUAUGGAAUUAUUAGACAGCCUAAGUGGGGCCACCUUAAAGACUUGCAUAAGGCCAUAAAACUUUGCGAAGAAGCACUGAUAGCCACUGAUCCAACAGUUACAUCUCCAGGCCCAAAUAUAGAGGCUGCAGUUUACAAGAAAGGAGCUGUAUGUGCUGCCUUCCUUGCCAACAAUGGCACAUCUGAUGCAAACGUGACCUUCAAUGGAAAUUCAUAUCAGCUGCCCGCAUGGUCAAUCAGCAUCUUACCAGAUUGCAAAAAUGUAGUGUUUAAUACUGCAAAGAUUAAUUCUGUAUCUAUGAUUUCAAGCUUCACAACCGAGACUCUGAAAGAAAAGGUUGGUUCUUCGGAUGAUUGUAGCUCAGGAUGGAGUUGGAUUAGUGAACCUAUUGGUAUUUCAAAGGCUGAUUCAUUCUCAAAAUUUGGGUUACUGGACCAAAUAAAUACAACUUCUGAUAGAAGUGAUUACUUGUGGUACUCAUUAAGCAUUAAUCUUGAUGCUGGUACUCAAGCUGUCCUUCACAUUGAAUCCCUUGGUCAUGCUCUUCAUGCUUUCAUAAAUGGGAAGUUUGCAGGGAGUGGAACAGGCAACCGUGACAACGCUCAGGUCAAAGUAGACAUCCCCAUCACACUAGUCGCCGGGAAGAACACAAUUGAUCUCCUGAGUUUAACUGUGGGGGUUCAGAACUAUGGAGCCUUUUUUGACAAGAAGGGUGCAGGGAUCACUGGCCCUGUGAUAUUGAAUGGUUUAAAAAAUGGUAGCUCUCUUAAUCUGUCCUCCCAGAAUUGGACAUAUCAGAUAGGCCUUAAAGAUGAAGAUUUAGGUCCAUCUAGUGGCAGUUCUAGACAGUGGAAUCAAUCUACCUUACCUACAAAUCAACCGUUGAUUUGGUACAAGACAAACUUCGUUGCCCCCUCAGGUAGUGAUCCGGUUGCAAUUAACUUCACGGGGAUGGGUAAAGGUGAGGCUUGGGUCAAUGGACAGAGCAUUGGGCGAUACUGGCCUACGUAUGCUGCUCCAAGUGAUGGUUGUACUGAUUCGUGCAAUUAUAUAGGGGCUUAUAAUGCAUCCAAAUGUCUCCAGAACUGUGGAAAACCAUCACAGUCAUUAUACCAUGUACCACGAUCAUGGUUACGACCUGAAAACAACACACUUGUAUUGUUUGAGGAAACUGGAGGCAAUCCUAAACAUAUCACUUUUACUACAAAACAGAUAGGAAGCGUGUGUUCACGCGUAUCUGAAUCUCACCCUCUACCUGUAGACUUGUGGAAUUCAAAUGCGGAAUCAGGAAGAGGAGUAGGACCUGUACUGUUACUGGAGUGCCCUUAUCCUAAUCAGGUGAUCUCUUCCAUUAAAUUUGCAAGUUUUGGAACACCACUUGGGACUUGUGGGAACUUCAAACAAGGAGGCUGCAGCAGCAAGAACGCUCUAUCCAUUGUGCAGAAGGCCAUUGUUUGUCUCGAUACAUCACCAAGCAAUAAACCAAAGUACUGGAAUGUCAAUAAUUCGUUUUGGGAACUUUUAUCAUAA